AUGUUGCGAAAUACGAAACUCCUCAGCACCAGAUCCCAUCCAUUUAUACCUAUAACCACAAGAGCUGGUCAGCUGUGCCACCCAUCGGUAUCUUCCUACCAGCAUCGCUGCCUUGUGACUUCCCAAACCAUCCACAAAGAAAGACAUCUCGAGUCCGAUCUGGACCGGCAUCUACUCCGACCUGAGCAUAACGAGAAUACCAAGUCGGGCACCGACGACGAAGCAGCUCAUCACUGGUCUUCGUACGAUCCCACUAUCACCGACCCGGACCUUGAGGUUCUCGCCUGCGAGGAAGAGUGCGAACUCGAUGGUGAACUAGAUGACCCUUUGUUCGUCAGCCCAGGCAAUAGGGAAGUCAGUCGUUUCCUUGAUCCGAUGAUCGGAGGGGCGGUGCAUGGUGCUACGAGACCGGGCCCAAGCGGGAGGGGAUGGACAAGAAAGCAUAAGGAGGUGAUCAUCAAGAAAAUCCCCGGAAGUCAGUUUGAGAAAUAUGAUCGAAUACUGCAGGAGCUGAGGAAGGCAGAUAAGCGGGCCACGAAAUGA